AUGAAUAAUGCACGAAUUGAUCAUACGGCAUCCGUGUUAAACAAUGGAAAAGUGUUAGUUACUGGUGGUUGUAACGGUUCUCUUCUAAAUAGUGCUGAGUUGUAUGAUCCAGCAACACGAACUUGGACAGUUACUGGCAGCAUGAAUAAUGCACGAAGUUUACAUACAGCAUCCCUAUUGCCGAAUGGAAAAGUUUUGGUUACUGGGGGACUCAAUGUCAGUACUAUCACGAAUGGUGCUGAAUCGUGUGAUUUAUCAACAAAAACAUUUGCGAUAUUCGAUAAAAUGAGCAAUGGACAAAACAAUUGGAAAGCCUCGGUAUUAACUAAUCGAAAAAUAUUAGUUGAUGGCAGAGAGAAUUAUCUGACUGCUAUCAAUAGUACUGAACUAUAUGACCCAUUAACAGGAAUCUGGACAACUACUGGUAGUAUGAAUUAUGCACGAGGAGGACAUACAGCAUCCGUAUUACCAAAUGGAAAAGUGUUAGUUGUUGGUGGACUUUUUGUGGAGAGUCUAGAAACUGCCGAGCUAUAUGAUCCAUCAACGGGAAUAUGGACUAAUACUAGUAUUUUGAAUUAUCCACGAUUUGAUCACAAAACCAUUCUAUUAACAAAUGGAAAAGUUUUAGUUACUGGAGGACUUUUUGAUAUAACUAAAGAUAAGUGUGAGUUGUAUGAUCCAUCAACAGACAUAUGGAAUACUACUGGUAUGUUGAAUUAUGCACGAAUUAAUCACGCACUCGUCGGAUUACCAAAUGGAAAAGCAUUGGUUACUGGAGGACGUUUACUGGAUUUUCUAACUAGUUCUGAGUUAUAUGAUCCAACAACUGAAAUGUGGACAUACACAAGUCAGAUGAAUAAUGCACGAGCAUGGCAUACAGCAUCAGUAUUAACAGAUGGAAAUGUGUUAGUUACUGGUGGAUUUCGUGAUAUUUUUGGUAUUAAGUUGAAUAGUUCUGAAUUGUAUGAUCCUUUAGCAGAAAUGUGGACUACUACUAAUAGUAUGAAUAAUGCACGAGCAGGGCAUACAGCAUCCGUGUUAACAAAUGGUAACGUAUUAGUUACCGGUGGAUAUGGUGAGAAUCAGAGUUAUUUAGAUAGCGCCGAAUUGUAUGCCCUAUCAAUAGAAACAUUGACAACGAUCGAUCAAAUGGAGAAUGUCGGAAAUGAUCGCAAAGGAUCGGUAUUAACAAGUGGAAAUGUGUCAGUUAACCGUGGACAUAACAAUGUGAUUUCGAACAGAACACAGUUACAGAACACUUUCAACGAAUCAAGAGUAUGA